AUGGCCGACCGUUUGCCGGAGGCUUUCCGGCAAGCGAAAGAACAGAUUCUUUCCCGGGGACAGAAGAUCUCUGUCCGCAACGGACAAAUUGAGUAUGAUGAAGCAUACUUCAUGCGUCCGGGGAGAGCAUCGCGACUGCUGGCCACCAAGUUGGAAUCAACCAUCUUUGGCUCCCUUUUGUUCCCCAGCGACGAGGAGAGACGGGACUUUGCAGACAAGAUUCUGCGCCCACCCGGACUUGCCACCAUUCUGCUAACUAUUCUCGCCAACGGGACACCUUCUAUGGUGCAGACGUUCGAGCGCAGGUUUUUACGGCAGACUCCUCCUUGUACGCAUUCAGAUCUCGAUCUACCUUUCAGUAAAGCACGGGCCGAGGAGAUAUUUGGCCAAGAUGGCUCCAGAUUCUAUGAGAUUCAAUCCAGAAGCGACGCCACCACACUUAUCGAAGGCAGCUUUGAACAGACACACAAUCCUGAAGACUGUUUACCCUACCUGGACCAAGAUCGCCGUGGAAACGGGUCAUACGGAACAGUGUAUAUGGUCCGGAUUGAGCGCGGUUAUUACAACCUUGGGCGGGUCGGCACAUUCUUGAAUACAGAGGUCAUGUUAUUGGCGAGGAAAGAUUUUGAACCCGAUGAGGAUUCGUUUGCGUCCUUUCAAACCGAGAAUGAUAUCUUCAAGAGCCUUCACGAUACGAAUCCCCCGUCAAGCAUCAUGAGAGCUUUGUGCAGCAUCACCAUGAAAAUCGACGAUUACCAGUUCCCGACCGCCAGUAUCUUCUCCGAGCCUGCCGAUCUCGACUUGUGGCAAUACUUAAUGCAAGAGCGAAAGCUCGGCCCCAACGAACGUAUACGCAAUUUGCAACAGAUGUUACAUAUAGGACACGGCCUCAAGUGGCUCAAUUGCCAUGAAAAGAAGAGCUUGGUCACUGGGAAUUAUGAGGAGGUUACCUACGUCCAUGGUGACCUGAAACCAGACAACAUCUUUAUUUAUCCGGACCCUAAGGGCCCGCAUAGUGUUGUGUUUAAGAUUGGUGAUUUUGGGGAAGCUUGUCUCUUGACACGGUCUAAAGAUCAGAUGGGCGUUCGUCGGCCAAACCCUCAAGUUCCCCGCAUCGGUACAUAUUGGGCUCCUGAAACUCAAGAAGGGAAAAUUGGUACCAAAAGCGAUGUGUGGUCAUAUGGCUGUAUUCUGCUCUUGGUGUUGUUGUACAAUCAUCAAAAGGGCGGCGGUCCCGAAGGUAUCACAAAAUUUGCCACACGCCGUGCCGAAGCGCUAGGAGACGGCAACAAGGACGUCUUUUACCGCACCAAGCGCCCGAGAUUCCCGUUGGGACAAUCCAUCUGCAAUAGGGCCGUCGGCGACUGUAUCGAGAGCAUGAUUUCAAAUAACAAGAAGAGCACGAAUGGAUACGAUCAAACUGCAACAAAAAUCCUUGAGUAUCUCGAUUCAAACGUCCUCGUGCGGGAGGAACGACGUGCAGAGAUUACCAAAGUGUGCAGAGACCUGGGAAACAUCAUGGAUGAGAAGCCUGCUGAAACGCACGAGGACCAUAAUGUCAGCUUUGCAAAAUAUCCAUUCGAAAAUUCUACUUCCUUGCGGGACUCCUACUGCAGACACUCACCAGAUGGCCACGUGUUUUGUUACUCGGCCGAACAGAUUGUGUUCUAUUACCCCAAUGGGCGGAUUUAUACCCAGGUUGAAAAAGGUCUCAUGGACAAGAGACUGAAAUGGUCAGAUGAGGUUCUGCCAAAUUCGAGAGCUUGUGGGACUAGUGCUAUCUGCAUAGUACACAAGACCGCGACCAAAGACUCGGCUCAGCUGAGCAUACAAUAUUUCGGCCAAACGGACAAAUCUACUCCAGUACGGCUGGCAGAGGUCACCUCUGUAAAUGGUGUUUCACUAUCUCACGACCAAAAGUUCCUUGCCGUUGCUUGCGAGUCUAGUCGGCCAGGAAGGUUAAACGCCCGUGUCCGCAUGUAUCGUGUGUCAGACUUCAUUGUUCCGAACCGACUCGUGAACACUGCAACAAUGUCGACCUUGCGAACUUUUGUUUCGACCAGUAGUGCUCCCAUUAUCGAAACGCAGGACGACCAACUAGCCGAUGGGGAAAUCAAAGAUGUUCAAGCACAAGGCCACGUAGACCUCCUUUUCUCCAGCGACGGUAAAACGCUUUAUCAUGCACACCGGAGAAAACACCAAGCUGUCAUAACCAUGUGGGGUGUUGAGACUAACGAGGUCGCCGAGAACACUGACAGCGCUGAUGGCAGCGAGGAUGCUGACAAAGCAUCAUCCUCAAUGAGACGUCGUCGAAGUGGCUCAUUUAUCGCACAAUCUGUCAUCAAGGAUGAACUGACCGGUUGCUCUCAGGAUAUUAACUACAACCAUAUCUUUAUUACCGGCAUUGUGCCUUUGUAUGGCCUGAGAGGAUUUCUGGCAGUCACCCAUGAGAAGUAUAUCAUUCAGCGGAUAUGGAGUACCAAUCGGCAAAGUUGGACUGAGGCGACGUUUGAGGCGAUGCGAGGGUUAAAGACAAUUCUCGUCACGAGAGACAACUCGCGAUUAGUGAUGCUGGCGACUCCUAACGGACAUACCCUUGAAAUUUAUGUGAGCGCCCUUAGGAAGAAAUUCGAGGCCCAGCGGCUAGUUACCAAAGACGAAAUACGUUACGAUCCCCGGAAGGACUCGGCGUAUCUCUCUGAAACUGCAGACAAAUGGCUGGAGCUUCAAGUGGCUAGCAAGCAGAAGAGCUGCGUUUUCACGUAUCGUUUCAAAGUAAUUGUUUAG